UAGGACGGGGGGGGGGAAUGUUUUAUUGAGUGGAUUCAGUCCCUCUGAGAUUAAAUGAACUCACUGAGUUUAAGUAGAUGAGACAGUUCCUGUUGCUUUAUUUAUAACCAAACAAGGGCUCUGUCUGUCUCAAUGCAGGGACCUGAAAGUCUGACAUGAGGAAUAACAUUAGUACAGUACUAAUAGAAAUCCCGUUUUUUGGAUUCUCAAAUGAAACCCUGUACUUAGGAUUAUGCUCUGCAUUUACAAAACAGGUACAUGAAUCAAAUUCCUAUUGGAUGACAUAGAAUUGAGAAUGACGUAAAAUGUGCAACAUGGAACAAAGUGGGGGUGUCAGUGGGGCACCAGCUCAGCUGGUCCCGGUUGGAGGAGGUCUAAUGAUGUGAGCAAGGGCUACUUUGAAGUGAAGAUGUGUGAUCCCAGUGGUGCGAGGAGGACCAGGAGGCUGCCCAGGGAGGGAGCCAGGAGGGGUCCUCCACCUGGGUCUCAUUAAGCUCCGCAGUAACAAGCUCUGGCAGUUGCUGUGGAAGGCGAGGGAUGAAGAUUCAGCAGCAGCAGUGUGUCAGGCUGAGUCUUUCAUGCCGUCUUACAGUGGGUGCCACUUGUGCGGAAGCUCAAGAGGACCCUGUAGAAAGAGCCAUCUGUAUGACUGCUGCAAACUCACUGGCUUCUGCUCUGAAGCAGGAGGUGGCGCUGGAGAAUGGUGCCAUGGUGUUAAACCACUCAAUGACCCUGGUGCAACGUUUGGAGGCCCUGCUGGCUCAGGGAAAUGCUAGCGACGUGGCCCUGAGGGUGCAGACCAUCAACACGGAUGAGGUGAAGGUGAUUCAGGCCCACACCCUGGUGCUGUCCCUGCAGAGCGAGAUCUUUGAGGAGCUGCUCUUGAGCCGCAACAGCAGCACCCUGGUGCUGAGGGAGGCCCCCGACUGUGCUGCCGUCUUCGACAAGUUCAUCAGAUACCUCUACUGUGGUGACAUCUCUGUAAGGCUGGACCAGGCCAUUCCCCUGCAUAAGCUUGCUAGCAAGUACCGCGUUUUGGGCCUGCAACAGGGUCUGACACAGUACAUGAACCAGCAUCUGUCCAGUGAGUCCCCCACAGGCCACGUGGUUGGCUGGUACCAGUAUGCCAUGCAAAUUGGGGACAUGGCCCUGAGGGACAGCUGUCUGCAGUACCUCUCCUGGAACCUGUCCUCCGUGCUGCAGAGUGGGGAGUGGGGCUCCAUCAGCGAUGACCUACUCUUGUCCCUGCUGCAACGCUCCGACCUCAUUCUGCAGAGUGAGCUGGAGCUCUAUGAGGCCCUGGAGGCCUGGAUUGGUCAGAACCAGCCGGCCGGCCUGACGGUGGAGAGCGCCCUGAGGGCGGUGCGUUACGGGAUGAUCCCUCCGCAGCACCUCUUCCGCCUGCAGAAGCAGUCUCCGCUCAUGCUGAAAUAUUACGAGUCCAUACGGGACUUACUCUACCUGGCCUUCCAAUUCCACUCCGCCUCCCCUAUCCAGUUGGCCAAGUACUUUGACGUCAACUGCAGUAUCUUCACGCCCCGUAACUACCUGUCCUCGUCCUGGGGCUCGCCCUGGGUCAUCAACAACCCCACGCGAGAUGACCGCAGCUUCAGCUUCCAAACUCAGCUGGGCCCCAGCGGCAGUGAUGCUAGUAAGAGAGUGACCUGGAAUGCCUUGUUUUCCCCUCGCUGGUUUCCUCUCAGCGUUAGAUCCUCCUACUCCGAGAUUGGCUCAAUGCAACCCACACGCACAGACGGAGGUCGCCCACGCAUCAUCGUCACCCCCGCCACAUCCAGCCCGGACUUUGCUGGCGUGAGCUUCCAGAAGACAGUGAUCGUCAUGGCAAAGCAGCAAAGCAAAGUGGUUGUUCGUCACGUCUAUAACUUUCACCAGAGCACUGAAGAAGCUGGGGAUUUCCUUGCGGAUGCCGACUUGCAGCGCCGGGCCUCAGAGUAUCUCAUUGAUAGCUCCCUCUACCUGCACAUUGUGGUGAAGCCUCUCUACCAUAGCCUCAUCGUUGCCAGAAAAUGAGGACAGGGAGUCAUUCCUCAUGCCUCAGUCACCAUUUUUCUUGCUGAGAGCCCACUGCCAAACCCCAGCCCAGAGAAAAUCUCACACACAUGGAUCACUGUUCCAAAAAGGCUAACUCAUAUCACAACUUCUGUUUAUUAGUUUGUGUGAUAAGGCAGUUCAACAUAAUAUUUUUCAAUAUUUCAUUUUGUCUUCCAAAACCUACCGCUAAUAGAAAAGGUGUAACUGAACAGUUUCAAAUUCAGUGUGUUUUUUGGCAUGCUAGUACAGUUCUGUACUGUAUUUGUUUGUUAGGCUGCUGAAUGCUAAUGAAUUGUACCUUGAUUGUCAGGUGUUGCUAAGACUAUUGUUUUGUUAGGAUAUAGAACUUUACCUGUAAAGAUGCUUAGCUAAAUGAAUUACUUAUUUUCUUUGAAUUUUUAUCUAAGUUUAAUUUCCUUAUUUGUACUUUACUACCACAAUCCUGAAAAGAAAGUGAGGUCAUACUCAUUCACUAACCACCAAUAGAUAGAUAGAUAAGGUAGUAUAUCGAUAUGUAGGUAGUAUCUAUGUAACACAUUUGUUAACCCCCCAAAUGCAGCCAUAAUCAGUUAGACAACUAUUCUAAUGUAGUGUUUUCUUGGCAACCAGUUUGGUAAAACGUGUUGACAGCUAAUCUCUAAGUGAUCAUCUUGUUUGUAGUGCUCACAUUAUGUUUCUUGUUCUUUCUCCUCUGAAUAAAUAUAAAUAAUUUACUUAA